AUGGAUCAUAAAGAGUCUCUGGACGAUAAACAGUCUCUGGGUGAUGUCAAGGUUUUCGAUGUGAACGAAAAAACACUACAUGCAACAUCGCUUGACGACAGUUGGACUGCACCCGAGGAAUGGCAUCGACGCCUAGUUGCUGAGUACACUGGACAGCACAAUGGCAAGAGCGAGACAUUGCCUGCAGGAUCUGAUCCUGAUCGAGUUGCGGCCGCCAUUCUCACGUUGAAUGAAGAAGAGUCUCUCAAAAUUCUCAAAUCAGUCGUCGAGAAUCUUGAAACUGAUUAUACCAUCGACCAUGUUUUGAUUGAGCGAUGCAGGCAGUUGCUGGAGGGUAGUGCUGCUUGCGAGCUAAACCAUGAGGAUUGGGCCUAUGUGACGUGCAGGACGGCUGGCACGAUUCACAACUGGUCUCCUUACGCCGAGGUUCGCGCUGUUACACUCCCUUAUGAUGAUCCGGAAGAGCCAUGUGAGAGUAUUCGAGCCUAUGUUGUUGGAUUCUUUUGGGUUUGUGUUGCUUCUGCUGUGAACACCUUCUUCAGUCCUCGACAACCCGGUAUAUCCAUACCUGGCCAGGUCAUCCAACUUCUCAUUGUACCAAUGGGUCGAUUCCUCGCUCUUGCUCUUCCUGACUGGGGCUUUCACCUGCGUGGAAAAAGGUACACCCUGAACCCAGGACCCUGGUCAUCCAAAGAACAGUUACUUGCCACCAUCAUCUCCCAAGCGAACACGAUUGGGAACUUCACAGGGUUGUUGGUUAUGCGACUUCCCAUUUUCUUCAAUCAACGCUGGGCCAGCUUCGGAUUCGCUAUUGUCCUUGCACUUGCAGAUCAGAUUUUUGGUCUCGGGGCUGCCGGGAUGCUGCGUCGCCUGAGCGUUUACCCACAGGAAGCUGUUUGGCCAGGUGUGCUACCUACGCUGGCAUUGAAUCGAGCCUUGAUCACAAGUGAGAACAAGGGGGAAGUCAUUCAUGGCUGGAGGAUCUCUCGCUACAGAACAUUCGUCAUUGCCAGUGUCGUAUUUCUCUUUUACUAUUGGAUACCAAACAAGUUCUUCCAAGCUCUGCGACUCUUCAACUGGAUGACUUGGAUUUCUCCAAAGAACAAGAAUUUGGCUAUCGUGACUGGAUCCUACGGUGGAAUGGGGUUCAAUCCAUUCUCCUCUUGGGAUCCAAAUGCAUCCGGUUCGACUGCCAUGAAUUCUCCGUUCUUUGCUCAGCUACAACAGUACUGCAUGCGCGUCAUUGCGGGUCUGGUUAUUCUCAUCAUGUACUAUACGAACAUGUCAUGGGCUGCGUACAUGCCUAUCAACUCCAAUGCGGCAUUCGACAAGGAGAUGAAGUCGUACAACAUCAGCAAGGUGCUUACCGAAGACAAUAGAGUGAACCUUGAAGCAUACAAGGAAUAUGGGCCGCCCUACUACGCUGUUGCAAAUCUUUUUGUUACGGGUGCCAACUUCGUAUACUACACUUUCUCGAUCGUGUACGUGUUCGUCAAGUACUGGAAGCCCCUCAAGAAAGCCUUUGUCGGCAUCGUGGUGAAUACCAUCAAACGACGAUCCAUUUACACAGGGUUCACCGAUGGUCAGACCCGCUUGAUGAAACCAUACAAAGAGGUCCCGGAGUGGUGGUACACCAUCGUGUUCGUGUUUGGUUUCAUUGUCUCGGUUGUUGGCGUUGCUGCAUGGCCUACUCAAACUCCUUGGUGGUCGAUCCUCGUUGUGGUUGGUGUCGGAUCAGUGUUAACGAUUCCCUGGAUCAUUAUUGAGUCCAUUGCCGCUACUGGUAUUUCACUCAAUGUGAUCUGGCAGGUUCUUCCUGGUGUCAUAUGGCCUGGACAACCACUUCCACAGUUGGUCAUCCUCAUGCUUGGAGGCGCUUUUGAGCAGAUGGCAGGUGGAUUUGCUGGAGAUUUAAAGUAUGCACAUUAUGCCAAGUUGCCGCCCCGAGCUGUGUUCCGAGGACAUAUCGCAUCUUGCGUUGUCAACUGCUUCAUCUACUGUGCCAUGCUGGAGGUCAUGGUCGUUUAUUUCAACGGAGACAACACGCUUUGCCAGUGGAAUAACAAGCAGUAUAUGGUGUGCAAUUAUGCAAAUUCUGUCUUUUCGUCGGUCAUUUCGUUCGGUGCUUUUGGGACGAACAACAUGUUCCAGCUUUAUCCACUCUUACCUUGGUGUUUCUUGAUUGGAGCCAUCCUUGGAUUGACUUGGGUUGUGGUUGAGAAGGCAGCUCCUCGGAUCCGACAGCUCAUUCAAUCUCGAUUGGAUGCUAAACAGUCCACAUCGUUCGACAAAUACAUCUGGAAGCCAACUGCUGCCGUUAUGUCGACCUUGAAUCCAGCUGUCGCUUUGUCAGGUGCAUUGCAAUGGGCGGGGAAUACGAAUCUUUCCUACGCCACGCUAGGUAUCUUCAUUGCCUGGUUCUUUCAGUACUACCUUAAGCGUCGCUAUACCGCCUGGUGGGGAAAGUAUGCCUACAUGGUAUUCGCAGGUUUGAGUGUUGGUGUGGCAAUAUCCGGAUUGAUUGUAACGCUGGUGUUCAGCUUUGGGGUGGGGAAGAAUUCUAAUUUCAGCUGGUGGGGUAAUGAUGUUGCUUUACAGGGGGUUGAUUACCAGUUGUAUAAUAACAAUGCGAGUUUGCUACCGUUGCCGGAGAGUGGGUAUUUUGGGUUGGAUCCCAGCAGUUACCCACUGAAGUGGUAG